AUGUCGACUCAUGGAGAUAACGUGAUUGGUUCGUCUCCGUAUUAUUUUCGCCAUCCUAGAGAAUCGGCAAAAGCGCAGGACGACCGUAUAACGUCGAGACAAAACGCGGAUGAGAAGCCUUCAGUAAUUUUAACAAUUGCGUCGUCCAAGGGAAGAUGCAAAUACUGCGUUUACAGUUUUAUUGGGAUGUUGGUGAUCUUGUUGUGCAUCGUGAUCAGUGGAAUGCUGUUCCCAUAUCCUCUGCACGCUUCGUGCAUUGUUAAAUGGAAGUUUGACGACCCAUGCGCGCACGUGAUGCAAAAAUUCCGACGCCAGAUAACGAAUUGGUCUUCUUGGAACACUUGUCAACAACGUGACGGCACUUGUCAGUACACGCUCAAGCUACCUGUGGAGAGUAACAUAAUUAGAGCGACGCAUAGGACAUCGAAGUCACUCGAGAGGAUCGAAAUCAUCUUCAAGGAGAUAAACAACACGUGUUUCGUUAAGGCUGAAUCUGUUUCAAGCGAUUGGUUCACAAUAUUCGAUUACGGGGUAAAUUAUUGCAAUCUGCACAACUUGGUUGUGGGAGCUGGUCUCGACAGACAUGCGAAAUUUCAGGAGCUGACGAAUAAUGCUGCAUGUACGCAAUUCAAUAUGGCAGUCUGUUGAUGAACAAGACACACCGGUCACUUGUGGUUUUUCAAAACUUACAUGUAAAUUUAUUUCAAAAUUUAUAUAUAUAUAUGAAUUA